UAAUAAAAAAACUUUUUGUCCCUUACAGCUGGUAAAGAAUGUAAAUUUGAACAUAAGUACAUUUGUGGCAUUCAAGAUUGCAACUGUCGUUAUGUCAGUGAAAAUGGAGUCAGUGUUUCAAGUCUUUAUAGACGAUUUUUAGCCAUGUUUUCCCAAGACGAAAAGGAAUUUCCAGUUUGUGAUAAAUGCGACGUAUUUUGCAGCAAGUAAGUAUAGUUGUGGUUCGUUUAGAAAAUCCUUUAGGAAGUGAACAGAAUGAGGUGUUAUAUAGUUUUAAGUUUAAAUGAGCUGUCGAUAUAUCUAAAUAAUCAUAACGAUCUGUUGUCUUUAGAGAGAAACACAUCAACUGUCAUCAUGGUGCUUGUGAUAAACAAAAGGGAUGUAUUUGUCGUGAUUGUUGGACUGGUGAAACGUGCUCAAAAUACCGUAAGUUAAAAAUUUUUCACUUCUUUGAAUGUCUUGAUAACAACUGGUAUAACAAUGAUAGAUUUACAUUGAAGUAUAUAUAGUAAAACAACGAAUGCCAUCGACAAUCUUCACUACAUUAAAAUCUAUAUGCAUGUUUCCAUGUACUAUUAUAUAUAGUGAUUAACUUUAUAUCUAUGUUUUCAUGCAUGUGCAACUAUAUUGAUGAACUUACCUAUGUUUUCAAUUCACGUACAACUUUUUUGAUCAACUUAUCUGAGAUGAUGCUUGCAUGUAUAGGGGUGAUUAAAAAUUUGGACACCUGUCCUCUCCAGGGCCCCCCUCAAAAAGGGGUUACGUUUUUUUCGGUAAGGAACACGUCCCAAAAAUUUCCAAACACUAGUUUCAGAUAAUGGGGGCUUAAAAAUACUUUUUCAGACUUUUUCGACCUCAAUUUUUCAGAACAUUCCUUAAUAUUUAACACAUUCCGCAAUUCCAGCAUUCCGGGGGCCCCUCUGGGCAAGUUGGGCCCCCUUUUUUUACUUUACUUUGGGGUGUUACAUUCCAUCCCCCCCCCACCCCACCCCAGUAGUUUCGACCCCUGAUUGGUUCUCUUGUUUAUGUUUACAUGUAUAUUGAUUAACUUUCAUGUACUAUUACAAUAUUGGUCAACUUCAUGUACUAUUACUAUGUUGAUCAUCUUGUCUGUGUUUAUACAUGUACUACUUUACUGAUCAACUUAUCUAUAUGAUUUGUAAUCAGUGGUGACUUUCGGCAAUUUUGAUUUUGACUAAAUUCUAAAAAUUGAAAACAGAAUUUUGUAGAACUUUCAGGAUUUCACUCUUCUGCUGCAGUUGAUUGGCGCGAAUUUCCCUCCUUUUUUCAAGUUCUAAAAUAUUUUGCCACAACGUGAGAAAACAUACCUUUUCAGAAAUAAAUACCCACAAUUUAAUUUUUUCAUCACAUGCCCGCUGUCUCAAUAUUCCCACCUUUUUUGACGUUGUCUAGUUUUUCAUGAAAAGUGGAAAUCGCAAAUUUCCCACCUUUUUUGCGUUUACCACUUCGUUAACAAAACCCGCGAAAAAGUUACCUUUUUUGAAAUUGAACCCUUUAACGCCAGAAUUAAUACGCCACACACACUGACCUUACCCAGAGUGCCCCUUAGUGUUAAUGAAGGUAGGGUUGGGCGAUAUUAAAAAAAUCAUCUCACGAUUAUUGUCAAGGAAAUUAUCACGAUAUUCGAUAAUAUCGCGAUAAAUGCAACAAAAACAAUGACCCCUUUUUUUCAAUUUUAAUUAGUAUCAAAGCAUAGUAAGCUUAUAUAUAAGGUAAUAUGAAGGCUUUUUUAGUCCAUAAACCAGAACUGUCCAUGCAGUGUCUACUGUGUCUCCGCUGGCACAAAUGCCGUGGGCACACGGCGCAGGCAAUCAGCAGAUUAAUAUAUAAAUAUCAGUUAGCUUUUGUAUCGUAUUAAAUUCGUAUUUAAUUCAGGAAAUAGUUUUAAUUCUUUUAAAAACUAUAUUUUCAGGAAUUGAAUGAUUUUUUUACGAUUUUAUAACAGCUAUAUGCACAUGCGAAGCAAUAUCAUGAUGGUCAUUGAGCAUGACGAUAAUUUCGAUAUAUCGUCCCUCAAGUUUCUACCUUCGAUACGAUAAUCGCGAUUGAAAAUAUCGCGAUAAAUCAAAAUAUCGAAAUAUCGACCAACCCUAAAUGAAGGAGUAUAUCUCAUUUCUGAAGGAGAAAUAAUUCUCCCCAUGGAAAAUAGAUUCUUUGAAAGAUUUAUAUGGAGAGCCCGUAACAACAACGGAGAGCUCAUAACAACAGCUACUGUACCUAACCCAACAAUCCCAUACAAGCAUACAGCUAACAUCGGCUUAUCUCGGCCAUAAACUCGGCCCUAUUUCCUAUCAACCUUCAUCCUCGUCUGCACGGGCAUCACUGAUCGUCGAUCUUCAGCAACGACAACACUUAUAGAAAGGCCAAGAUUCAGAGCCAACGAUAAAAUAAUUCGUGGUUGGAAGAAAUCAUUUACUGAAAAAUCCCUUGUGACCUCUGGGAAAUUCUCCUUUAAAAUAUUACUUAUCGUACGAUGAGUAUAGUUUUGUUUAACCCACUGUUGUAUUUGCUCAAUAUUUUUUUCUAAGUACUUCAUAUUGUUUUAAACUGUGCCGUUAUUUACGCAGAACAGCAACACAACAACCAAUUUUAGCGCAAAACUUUUCUAUAAAUUACUAACCAAUCAAUUUGCAAACGUCUGAUCACUUGAUGGGAGGGGCACUCUGGGUAAGGUCAGUGUGUGUGGCGUCAAAUGGUUCAAUUUCAAAAAGGUAACUUUUUCGCGGGUUUUGUGAACAAAGUGGUAAGCACGAAAAAGGUCAUGGGAAAUUUGCGAUUUUUACUUUUCAUGAAAAACUUGACAACGUAAAAAAGGUGGGAAUAUUGAGACAGCGAGCAUGUGAUGGGAAGGUUAAAAAUACUUGGGUACUUUAGUCUAAAAAGGUAUGUUUUCAGUUGUGGCAAAAUAUUUCAUAUCAUGAAAAAAGGUAGGAAAUUCGCGCUAAUCAACCGGAGCAGAAAAGUGAAAUCCUGAAAGUUUCACAAAAUUCUGUUUUCAAUUUUCGGAAUUUAGUGAAAAUCAGAAUUACCGAAAGCCUCCACUGAUUUUUGUGUAUUACUAUUUAUGAGAUAAUAUUGAAUAAAUAAGGAGAUAAAAAAUUCCCAAAUGUACAAUAUCUGUAUAGGAAAACCAAGUUUGCUAGAAUAAUUUUGUGGUGUUGUGUUUAGUCAUUUAUUUUUAGCUUAUAGGUUACGAAUUAUAAUGAUUUAAAUAUCUUAGGAACUGAAAUAUGCAAUAAAACUAUCACAUAAAAACAGUUUGAAUUUGCAAUCUUUAUAGAUAACACUCAGCCAGAAUUUAAACAAUCACUAUAUGUUGCUGAGGUAAAGGAAAAUACCAAUGUUGGUGAUGAAAUCCUCAAAGUUUCUGCAUUUGAUUAUGAUCUGGAGACAUGUGUUGAUAAGCAUAACUGUCCCUGUGGUCGUGUCAAGUAUUCUAUCAAGAAGGGAAAUGAAGAUGGAAUGUUCUAUAUUAACCCAGACAGCGGGGUUAUAAGUCUGACCAGGAAGCUGUAUGGUCAAUAUGAUCCAAUUUCUCUCACCAUCCUGGCAAAGAAUGGAGGAGAUCUAAACACGGUUGAAGAGAAUCAAAGUAACAAAGCAAUGGCUACUGUUGUUAUAACUAGUGUUCAAAACUAUGACAAUGGCGGGAGAGAACGUCGAUCACUUCACCACCGUACACGUAGAAGUGUAACGGUAAGUUAAAUCAAGCAUGCGUAUGGUCAGUGUUUCUAUAAACCUUGCAGCGUUGUCAGUUCCAAAUGUCCAUCUACAGGAAAUCAUGUGUGGGCAGCCCGGCACCCGUUGCAAACGGGCUAGUCCUGUACAAUAGAAUUUAAUCAUUUCUAAGAGACAAUCUCACAAUACUAGAAUGAAAUAUUUCUCCUGAAAAAUUGCACUAUUGUCAUAAAAAGAACCAUGGGCGUCAAGUGGGGGGACGAAAUUGACGAAUAUCUAAUUACACACACACACACACACACACUUUUUGACAUGUUUAAUGACAUUUUGUUUCUUGGUUAUCUAAAAACCUAAUGCAUGGUAUGCUGUUCAUCAAAAAUUGUGAUUGAAAGGAAGACAUUUAAUAAGAAGAAGCACAACGUAUGAUCUUUCUGUAGUCGCUGGGAGCAAAUAUUGACAUCGCAUAUAUUAUGUAAAAUUGUAAAUACUUAAACUGAAUAAUUUCGUUUUAACUGAGUUUCCCUUGCAUAGAUGAUUAUUAUCAAAAUAAGGCAAAUGGUUAACAAUUUAAUAAAUUAUUAGCAUUAAAAUAAGGGUGAGGACAUGUUAGGCUUCGUCGAGAGUAACGUCUGUUCACAGGCUAGGACAUGUUGGUUUUUAGUGGAUUUCUCAGAUGGUUAAACAUGGAUUUAAGAUCAUGCACAUUGUAAUAUAACUUUAUAUGUGCCUCCAAAACGCUGGGAAUGCCGUUUCAGUGUACCAAAAUUUAGAAAAAAAGGUCGGGUAAGAUACCUCCGGACCUUCCUAGUUUCGAGUCCGUCCCCCACACACACUUUUUGUGAUAGAUUGACGCCCUUGAAAAGAACAUUUUAGGAAUGAGUUUGAGAUCACAUUAUAAGGCGGUGACUUUUGAAAUGAUUCUAACUUAAAAAUAUGUCGUUAAUACUUUAAUUUGUAAGAAGAGAAACCCAAAAGAAACGCAUUGAUUAAUAUGUUAGUGUGUUCGUUAAAAUUGCUGCCAUUUUUUUAGACAUAUAACUCUUUGGAAAUAACGUUUGAAGCAGUUACAAACGAAACAUUCUUUUCUGCUGGAUGUACAAUCAACUACCGCCUGUAUUUGGUUCAAAAUAGCAGUGCUUCUCCUGAACAGCUGACCUCAAUGCGCAUACAACUGAGUUCUGAAAAUCUUGAGCUAGGUGACGUAUAUUCAGUGAAUGUUUCUAAUGCAAGUGGUGCUCCAGGACUUAUCGAGCGUCCUAAUGCUGAUACAGUGCAGUUUGCUGCAGCGGGCACAUUGAAAGCUAGUGGUUAUAUGGAAAUAAAAUUCGACGGACGUGUUCGAGCUUCAUUAGAUCCAUUGGCUCUACUCCAAGUUGCUUUUACUAUGAAUGCGACUACGUCAGGUUCUGUAACGUACGGUCCCAAAUAUUCCUCUGAACUUUAUACAACCUAUCCUAUAAUCAAGUUUGCACGUACCACUGAAGGAGGUGAGAUAUAAAAUAUUAGUCUUAUUUUUCACCUUCCUCGGUUUCCUUUGUUCUUAUCGGGGAAUAUAUUCAAUAUUCCCGUCUGAUCAAUUUCCGUUUAAUAAUCCCCUCUAAUAUUCACCUGCAAUAUCUUUGCAGCACAAAAAAUGCGAAAAAACAACAUAACGAAGGCAAUAUGGCAUUAAGAAUUAUUUCUAUUCUGACUCAUUAACGCGGCCUCGCAAUGUGAAAAAUAAGUACGUUAUUUUGAGGCACCUCGGGGAUAUGUGUUUAUUCACCUCGGCGCUGCGCGCCUCGGUGAAUAAAUCACAUACCCCUCGUUGCUUCAAAAUAACCUAUACUUAGAAUCUUAGGCACAAGUUACAAUUUAGUGUUAUUAGUGUUAUAGUGCUGCAUGGUGUUAAUAUUAUUGCAUGUAAUUAUUACUAGCUGUUAUCUUUAGUUUUAGUGUUAUUUUGCUGUUAGUCUGCUACUGUGACUUUUGUAAUUUGUUAUUAUAACUAUUACCAGUUACGGCUAUACUGUUACUGAAGCUGUUACUGCAUGUGUUAAAAUUGUUGCUGCAGUUGUGAUUAUUACUAUAGUAUUGUAACUGUUAUUGUUGGACCUCUUGCUGUUAUCUCCAUGCAGGCCCACGCAACGUUGCUCUGUGCAAGGAUGAUUCUAUUAAUCCUAACGUUGUUGCUGUUGCACUCGCUGUUGCUGUGAUUGCUAUACUGUUUCCAUGUACUGUAACUGAUUCAUUACUGUAGCAUUCAUCAUUACAGUUAGUCUGAUACUCUUACGGUUAUUUUACAAUUAAUGUUAUAACAGUUGUUCUAUGCAAGUAUACUAUUAGUUUUUGUAUUACUGUGUUUCUUAGUGUUGCUGUUAGAAACUAUUACUCGGUUCGAUAUUGGGUUUUUUGCUGUUAUCGUACUAUUUCUGAAAUACCAGCUGUUACUAUUAUCAAUACUGUUUCUGUUACAAAUACUGUUGCUGCUACUAAUUGCAGUGGCAGCAGAACGGGGUUUAUCAUGGGGGGCUGAGUUGGGUACCGUAGUUUUCAGCUGAGUGCAACAAACACGACAGGCAAACUUGAUGAAUACGCCGGGGGUAUGCUCCCCCAGAAAAGUUGACAAAUUGGGGCUCGGAAAUGCCAUUUCCUGCACUUUUUGCCACCGAAUUGAAGAAUUUAGGCAACAAAAAUUCUGCAAAAUAAUUGCUUCAUGAAUAAUUGCUUCAUGAAUAAUUGCUUCAUGUUUUGGAGUGACUUAGUGGGGGUCAUAUCUUGAAUUUUGGGUGGACUAUUUGCUAAAACAGUUUAUUUUAAACUUGUCUUUUUUCUUCAACUUUUCAGCUGUAGAAGUUGAAACCACACUGGAUUACAACGUCAAUAUAACUCUGCCAUACUUCAAUUUUACGUUUGUCUUUGAAAUCACAACAAUCGUGAACGACUUUCGUUUUCUGAGUAUCGAGAAUGUUCAACUUGGUCCAAUCAGCGACUCAGUGAAGGCUGAGUAUCCAACUCCAACACCAAUGAUAUACACUGGAGCAGACGAUAACAUCACCAGUCGAGUAGUUUUGGACUUCGGAAAUAUCAAGGUAAAUAUUGUCAAAUUAAGUGCAUCACAUGAUAGCUCUGCACAAGAAAAGACUUUAAAACUACAGUAUUUCUCGUUUUAGCGCUCUUUAAAUCUUGCAGUUUCUUCGUGUUUCGGUAUGGCGCUUGUUAAAGUCUGCGCUUAUUAAUUUGAGGGGAAUAAUUUUUGUUAUGCGACGAAACAACUCCUAUAUAUCCUUAAUGCAUGAGGCAACAUGUCAGAUCACAUUACGGGUUGCACGAAGGCAACGCACUGAUCCAACGGUCCCAUCCUCUGCAUCACUGUAUUGGAAAGGAAGGGAUUCAAUUGAGUUAGUUAUAAAAAUAAGACUGCGGAAUUGAAGGCUUGACAAAUUUAAAAUUUUCCGGAGUAUUCGAUCAUCUCAGAUGUCUUUGUCACUGUGAUACAGAGACUCCUAGCACGGAUGCACAUAAGCUAGUGUGUUUUGGUUCACGAAAUGUUAGAGAGUGCUCGCUUCCAAUAAAGAUAGAACAGACACUAUAAUUUCGCUUGACCUCAAAUACUUCGUCACUACCAGCGAGGUAAUGGCUGCAUGGACGAGAGGAAGUUUUCAAGAUAGUUCAAAAUUUAAACUCAGGGUUCACUUUAGUUUAAGGUUAAUGUUAUGAUUGGGUUUAGGUUUAGGUAGAGUAAGGUUUAGCGGUCCUAUGUAGAAAGUUAUAGGUAGGUAAUAAAGGUAAAAUAAUAUAAUUAAUCUGAAACUAUGAACUUCCUGUGUUCUAUAUGAUCAUCUUGCAGGUACUGAAUACAGAUCAAGACUCCAACGAAAUAAAACUUUCAUUCUCAGUCAAAGUGAAUGAUCAUCAUUUGCUUGAAAAUGCUUCAACACAUUGGGUUGGUGUAGGUGCUAAUUCAGGUGAAGAAAUGCUCUGGGUAGGACAAGAUGCCAUCACAUUCUUAAAGGUAACAGCUAGUGCUCUUAUUUUCCUUGUGAAACUCGUUAAUAAUUCAUGAAAAAAACACCAAAGAAAUCAUGACCGUUAAAGAAUUUGUAUAUCUGAUACAAAAUGAUGCUGAUUCACAGCCUUCGGCUCGAGUUAGUAGUGCUAUUUCAAAAACUCAUUAGUAAUUCAUGAGGAAAACACAAAGAAGAAUCAUAAGCAUAUCGUAUCUUUAUAUGUGAUAGAGAUUUCACAUGAUUUAUAUAAACUUUAACGUUGAUUUUCUCGACAUACACAACGUAUUUUUUGAAAAUUACUUCGCCAAUGAACUUACCAGGUCGAUCGUUUUAAUUUUGAAGCAAUUUAACUAACAUUCCCAGUGCGUGUUUUGUGAGACCUAACGAUACUCGGCUUCGCCUCGUAUCUUUAUAUCUGAUAAAACACUGCUGCUCAUGUUUUAAAUAGUACAUCAUGAGCAGCAGUGUUUUAUCAGAUAUAAAGGUACGAGGCAAAGCCGAGUAUCUUUAGGUCUGAUAAAACACGCACUGCGAAUGUUUUAGAUUGCUUAAAAAACGAUCGAUCUAGUAAGUUCAUUGGCGAAGUAAUUUUCAAAAAUUAUGUUGUGUAAGUCGAGAAAAUGAAAGUUAAAGUUUAUGUAAAUCAAGGUAAAUCUUUAUCGCAUAUAAAGAUACGACACGCUUAUGAUUUUCUUUGAGUGUUUUCCUCAUGAAUUAUUAAUGAGUUUUUGAAUAUCCGAUACAACACGCCGGCCGCUCAUGUUGUAAAUAGUAUACCUCAAGAGUUUAUAGGAUUGGGUUUCGAGGAACCGGCUUGAAACGGGAACGAAAUAUCAUGUUUAUGAAUGGAGAUCGCAUAAUUCUAAUAUCAUGAAGAAUAAUCACCACGAGAGUAUGUUGGUCACAUGCAAGACGAUUCCUUGGACACCAUGACCAUCGCUGAAAUUGUGUUUAAACAGUUACUUGUCAGUAAAACUUGUGCAUGUUAUUACUUUAAUUAUAUACUGAUGACCAUGAUGCCUUCAUAUUCAACUUGAAUUUUGAUGGUGAAUUACCUGAAAUAUGUGGUCUAUGUAUUAUUGUUUUGUUUUUUGUAUUGUAUUGUAUUGUAUUGUAUUGUAUUGUAUUGUAUUGUAUUGUAUUGUAUUGUAUUGUAUUGUAUUGUGCUGUGUUGUGUUGUGUUGUGUUGUGUUGUGUUGUGUUGCAGAUGUUGACUAGAUUUCAUUAUUUGUUAAAUUCAGUGUACCCAAAUUCCACAUAUUAUGUUUAUUUUCGUAUUUUCCUACCAUUUAGGAUGAACCAUACUUACACGCCGAAAUCCAAGCCAUGAACAAAACAAAUCCUACUCGUUAUUAUAUAAACGAUUUGCUAAUAUUUUCUUGGAAUGUCAAACAUGCAGAAAAUGGUUCAUAUGAAGAUGCAAGUGACGUGAAAGUUUUAUUCUAUUUCUCGUCAUCUCUUGAACGGGUAGCUGAAACUGGUCUGUCUGGUGGUUCGAUACAGGAAACUACCGAAGCUGGGAGAACUGUUUUGACAUAUUCGCACAGUGGUGGAACGCUUGCACUUGGUAAGUACAUCAAUCAUAUACUAUAGUCAGUGGUGCCUAAAUUACUUCCAAUUUGUACUCGAGUCAAAGUAGAAGUAAUUAACAACUAAAGAGUAGAAAGUACUGGAGAGUAAGAGUAAGAGUAAAACGUACUGGAGGCAAAACGUACUUAAGUAAAAAGUACAAACUAUCCUUAAAAAAUAGUUGAAGUAAAAAGUAAAAGUACUAUUGUCUUUGGCGUGUAGGGGGGGGGGGGACUUCUCCAAUGGAUUAACAUACAAAACAACACACGCAUUAUAUGCGUGCAUGCACCUAAUAUACAAUAUUUCACGGCAUGGUCUACUUUCCAGACCCACCUAUAAUAUACAAUAUUUUACGACAUGGUCUACUUUCCAGAUCCCGUUGAAGAUAUAAGAAAUCUGGAAUAAAUCACGUAAAAUUAAACAAAAGUUAGAACGUAACGAAAUACUUCGCCACAAAAUGAAGUACUCCAAAGAAAGUUUUCUUUGUUACAUGCUGACUUCUCAAAAAUAGAACUCAAGUACAAUAACGAAGUACAUUUACUUCGUUACUUGACACCACUGACUAUAUAUAGUCUACUAGCUCUUUUUCUGUUUUUUAUACACCCGAAAUUUCGUAGCACAACACCAAAUUCAUUGCAGUUCUGACAGGGGCGGAUUAGCACGAUCAGUAUAGGACCAGGCUAUAGCGCAUAUAGGCCGCGUUUGUGACGUCAUCAAACAAACUUCUUGAACGCAAUUUAAAAGAUUAACUAUGAUAUAUACUCGGCCGUCUGCUUUUAUCUACGACUAUGUCCACAACCUGGCGGAGGUGAGACCCUGUGAAACAGUUUGCUAUAUAAACUGUAAUAUUCUGUUUAAUUUGAAAAUAUUUUUCCAUUUUUCACCUGAAUUAUUUAGUUGUAAUUUAUUACUAAAUUUCAAUUAUAGGGACCCACAAUUGUCAAGAAGCAGGGGCCCAUCGGGGUAUCGCCCGGUAGUCCGGUGGACUAAUCAGCCCCUGCAUGAGACACUGAUUUAGUGUGAAUUGUAUACACUAUAUGCAUGUUAUACUUUGUGUUAGUGAACACGCGUGCACAAAAUGAUAUUUACACCCAAUAUGGUGUAUUAAAACGCCUUUUAGGUGUACCUUAUACCGUUUACACGAAACAGAGUGUAAAUUUAACACCAUUUUAAUUUAUGCAAACCAUGCAGAGUAGCGAGCGAAAGCAUGACUGAUAUUAAACUGCUAUUAAAGAAAAAUAUACUCGCAAGAAACAUAUAUCGCAAGUAUGUGCUUCUUGACAGUGUGCCAAUUCUUUAUAUAUUUGCGAUGUUAGGAUGAUAAAUGAUUAAGUUAAUUUAUCCACUGAAAUGAGCCGAAAUUUAACCGGCAUGCAGAUGACGCCAAACGGGCUUCCUACACAACAUGUCAGUUUCUGAAGUAUUUAAAUUUUAUCCGGUAUAGAUAUAGCGAGAUAAACGGUGGGAAUAGCGACUUAAUUUAAUGCUUUAGGCUUAGUUCGACCAACCGCCAUGCAGGAGUUACAUCAUUCAGCUAAAAUCACUGUUUCUACAAAAUAAAACGAUUAGCUAAGUCAAGUUAGAUCUAAAUUUCAAAUUUUGCUUCUGUAGCGAAUGAUUUAACUGGUACAAUUAAAGCAAGAGUCAAAAACACUGUUACACCAUUGGCUGAUUUGAAUGUUGAGAUAAAGAUCCAGUACAAGACAAGCAAAAGUGAAGUUCGUCCAAUCAGAACAUACAAACCCAACCCAGGCUACCUUGCAGGAGUGCCUUCCUUUAAUUUAUCAUCAAACGCACCUGACAGACUUGUGAAUUUUGGACUUGUGAAUAUUGGACAGCUUGUUGAUAUCACUGUCAAGAUUUUAGUCCGGAAAAUGACAUUGGAGGGAGAAUUAUAUGUAAGUAAAAUAUAUACAUUAUAUAACAUUUGUUAAUGCUUAAUUAAUGAUAUGAACCUAAUUAAAAUAUCUAAUUCACCGUUUAAAAUAGAGCAGUUAGAGCUGAAACAUGAGUACUCUAUAAUAUAGACAAAUCGCCGAUUCGUAUACUUUUCAGUUGAACAUGUAUAAACCAAGUUUACCGAAAUUUCUAUAUGUAAUUAACUGGUAAACAAGCAUAUAUAGCCAUGACCAUGAAAACAUGCAUUAAUAUUUUCUUUAAUUUUUACUUGCAUUUCCGCGAUCGAACCGAAAUUUACCGAAUCUUUUUUAUUAAUUUUUAAAUUACCGAAUCUUUAUCAAGUAAAGCAUUGCGCACUGAGUUUCGCUUUGCCAGAUAGUCGAGGUCUGUUCAGUUAUAUACAUACACACUACGAAAGCAAAAAAGUGAGAAAAUUCCGUACAAUCAUUCAUGUGUGACCAUCCAUAUUUCGCAGAAACAUUUUCUUGCGAAGAAUUUCGCCGUCAUAGAAUCAGAUUCGAAGAUUAUAUAUAUAUAAGAUUAGAAGACAAACUUGAGUUACUUCAUAUGAGAACUUUAGUAUUUCACAUAAACUAUAAAUGAAUAGCUAUAAAUGAAUUUUUGAAUUAUUUAGGUCAUCCUUCCUGUCGUAAACAGCUCAGCCAUCAUGCGUUUUGUACCUCAUGAAUCAUUCAAAGAUAAAUCUUAUGGUUCAAACAUUUUAGCCCCAACUUUUACUAGUUCUGAAGCAACUUUCAAUUCAACCAGCAGCAAUAAAACAUACUAUGAUAGAGCUGAGAUUGAUCUUGGGCAGAUUAAAAACAACGCUGUUACGGAUUCUGCGCUUGCCUCUGCUGAUGAUAAUACAGUAACAUUAAGCUUCAAAGUUGUAUUGGAGGACAAUAAUUACGUGGUGAAUCGUUCUAACUAUAAGAUUGGUGUCGGAGUAAAAGGAAGCCAGCAUAUGAUUUGGAUCAGUCAAAUGACCUUCAUUGCAAACGUGCUUCUCACUCGACAACCAAGAUUACUUAUUGAAGCACACUCCAUGAAUGCCAGUGACAGCCUAGUUCAAGGGUAAUGUAUUCUAUAAUUUGUUUUCUAAUUUAAUUACAGUUCACGUUUCGAGUGAAAAUUCUGCGCUGAAAGUGAAUGAAAACGUGAAUUGAUCCACUCAAACUGCAUGAAAUACCAUAUAAAAGCGAAUAUUAGAGUUAUUUUAUAAGUACACAAUUUAAAAAAGCGAAUAUUAGAGUUAUUUUAUAAGUACACAAUUUAAAAAAGCGAAUAUUAGAGUUAUUUUAUAAGUACACAAUUUACACAGUACUAUAAAUGUGCAGGAUAUACGUCUGAAUUACGCUUUCUAUAUAUGUCCAAAUUAAUUGUGAUCUUUAUUUCUUUACUACCAGCUCUGUUGUGGAAUACAACUUCACAAUUUCUUACAAAGAAAACUCUGGUGCUCAUGCUAUUGAUGUGGAAGUGCUGUGGAUGUUGCCCGUUUACACCAAGUAUUUGCAUACCAACCAAAAUUCAGGUUUCCAGAUAGUUAAUUCAGGAAACAACGUCGCAUUUAAGGUAAUAUUUUGGUCAAUUUUUUAAAAAAUAAUUUGAGGACAUACCUAUUCCUCUCUCAACACACAAUAGAUGCUUUAAGAAACAAUUAUUAUAAGAACAUAUAUGGAUAUAUACAGUGGCGUAACGGAAACUCCUGAGGCCCCGUUUAAUUUUUAAGUGGGGCCCUAUUUUUUUUCCAAAAAAAUGUUGGCGAGCUGGGAGGGGGGGGGAGGAGGAAAAAAGUUUUUCGAACCAUAUUCAUUAAGAAAUGUGUUCAAAUAAAUUUUCCGGACUAUGACAAGUAAAAAAAGUCACAAAAAUUUUCUCCAUCCAUGUCUACUAAAAAAAGGGGUCCAAAUUUCACAAUUUCACUAAUUCCUGCUUUUGGGGGCCACCGUUGCAAAUUUUCUGGCCCUCUAUAACUGAGGCUUAGGCCAAUUUUUCCAAUGUACUAGCAAAAAUUUUGUGGUCAUUUUUGCGGGAGCCCCCCAGGCGUGGGGGCCCCAGUCUCUGGACACCCGCCAGUUACGCCACUGGAUAUAUAAAACCUAAACUUCUAAAAUUUUAAAAAGGCUAGAAACUAUAUUUUGGGCAAUUUCCAUACUAAAAAAUUACAAUACUGAAAUACAGGAAUCCCGUAACCUCAAACUAUUCUUAAUCUUUAUGUUAGUAUAACCAUUACAUCCCGACACUAUAAUAUAAUUCUAUCCCUAAUUCUUACGCUAAUCUAUUCCCCAACUUUAAUCCUAGUCCUAUCCCUAAUUCCUAUGCAUGUUCUUUCCGAUCACAUUUUCGUGAACCUUCUUUGACGGAUAAACAAUCAUAAAGAAUACAACAGAAUAUAACAUUGCAUUAUUUUAGUUGAGCAAACUAGACUUUGGCGAAACUCCUUCUGUAUCCUUCUCCGUUGCAUUGGAUCCUGAUAAAACACUGACUAAAAGUGGAAAGAAUUAUGCAGUAACUCCAGUUGCCCUGACCUACCAGAACAAACAGCAGAACAUUUACUAUGAACCCCUGGUGCCAAUGUCUGUUCAUUUCAAAGUUCCAGGUAAGGUCCUUGAUAUCAAAGUUGACGCCUUAGAAAAUUCUCAGAAAUAGCAAAAAAAUGAGAAGUUUAACCCAAUAAGUUGCAUUGCGCCUUACUUUAUUAUUUUACUCUGUCUCACGCCUGAAGAUUUUACUCGUCAGGGGGAAAGUGCUGACAUUCAAUGGAGUUAAUCAGACUAUCUGCCCAUGUGUCUAGUUAACCAAUUAAGUUGCAUUGCCCUCUGCUUUAUUAUUUUACUCUGUCUAAUGCCAGACGAUUUUACUCGUUAAGGAGGGGAGAGUGCAUACUGGCACCCAAUGGGUUAAUGCAGUGAUAGUUAAGUACUACCUGUAUAGUUAAAACAUGAGCAGUCGAUCUUCAUCUGAUAUAGCCUACAAACUCGAGCCGAAGGCGAGAGUUUGUAUAUCAGAUAAAACAUCGGAUGCGAAUGUUUUAACAUGCUUAAAACACGACCCAUCAUAAGAGUUAAUUGGCGAAGUAAUUUUAAAAAUAAACAUUGUCUAAGCCAAGAAAAUCAAACAUUUCUUUUGUAUUUUCCUCAUGAAUUAUUAAUGCGUUUUUAAGUUUAUAUAUUUUAUCAUGCAUAUCUCGUUGAUCAUGGCCAUGGGUUUAUAUGUAUGAACUUAUCAAUAGUUUUGUUUUUCCAUUGCUUUACAGUGCAACCUGUUAAAAAACCUCCAAAUGCAGUUGUUGGUAAGAUUUUUAUUUCAAAACGUGAUAAAUAACGUUUUAAUUUCGACUAUAGAUCUAAAAAGGUUUUGUUGUUUAUCAUAUAUACUCAUUAUAUAUUUGAAACAAUUAAGGACUAUAUAUGUGGAUAUACGUCAUUGUUUUCUGAUGUAUAGAUUGUUUGUUACUUUAAAUUUUUCUAUUUUUAAGCUUUUAAAACUAGUAGCACAUAUAUUAUUAUAAAUAGUUCACUUUAAAAUGUGGUCUAACUGGUUUAAUUUUUUUAUCAAUAGAGUUUUACCAGCGAGGCUUCUUGAUUAACAACUCCACCUCUGCUAUUUACAUUUGUUCUGUUUCAUCAAAAAGGUACGUAUACAUGGAUUACAAAACAGAAAUAGUAGAAUAUAUUUAUUGUUUAUGAUGGUUAUGUAUGCUUUUACGGAACUUUCAUUGACGUACAUUUUACGUCUACGUACAUUUUUUCAAUUUUGCUUUUAUAGACACAAACCAAGUUGCUUCUGGACAAACACAAAAGGAGCAACCUGGCGAGGUACAGUAUAUAAUUAUAUAGUGUUGCAAUUUCCGUCAUCAUUACUAUCGAUAUUCACUGUAAGUUUAAUUUACUUAUAAACAUGUGUUAUGAAUCAAUGCCUGACAAAAAGAAGCCAUACAUUAAGGUGAUGUUAUACAGAGGACAACUUUUAACGACAACUCGCAAUGCAAAUUGUUACAGAACCAAUCAAGUUUCGUAUAACCUCAUUUACAUUGCAAGUCAGUUGUCGUUAUACAAGUUAUCCCUUGUAACAUCGCCUUUAGAGUGGCUCCUUCAAAUUAAAUUGUCCCAACUUGUUAUUAUGUAUAGUUGGUUGCAUGCACCAGUUAAAGCUUUUCACAAAUUAUUCAAAGUAAAUUCAAGAAUUAAAAUUUAAUUCCCCAUAAUAUAUUCAGUCGUCAUGCUAUAGUCUUGUUCGCUAUAAUCAUUGACUGGUUAGGUCACCCUUGUAUGUUCAUGACACUAAUAAAUUUCAUCCUGGGCAUUCUCUUAUCCUGGCCUAGCUAGUUCCCUCAUAUCGUUUUGCACACUGUCCCUCCGUUUCAUCCGUUGUCUCUCAACAGUUCGUCAUCCUGCUACUGAAUGUCUCUCUAUAUGCUACUUUGACUGAAUCUUCCUCCAUUCUUCUCGAAAGUAUCCAAACAAUUGCAUUCUUAUUUCUCUUAUCUUCUCUAAUACUGCAACAACGCCCGCUUCCGCUGUUCUGUCAUUUCUUCGUCUGUCUUUUAAGGACAUUUCAAAUUUUCAUUUAUCUCCUAUCCAGCUGCUGUUCUCACCUCCAUAAGAAGUAUACAUUAUAACUGCGCUGUAUACUGUGACGUGAAUCGUCAAUUUGAAGCUUCAAUUUGAAUCUCUUCGACAUCUUCCUCUCCAAUACCACACAGUUUGCCUCAUUCUGCUUCUCCCAACCGCUCUUGAUCCUCUCUUGCAUCACAUCUUGUUCACUUUGUGGUGUUAUAAGUGCUCGCGCUCAGGUGAAGAUAUAUGUUUUUGAUGUUGCUGUCUAAGUGUGUCCACACCGGGCAAGUGUGUUUAAAAGUUUGCUUGAUCGCGGUGGGAAUCGCAUUUGAUUUGCUAGAUGGUCUACCAACUGAACAACGAGGUAGAGCAUUGGACUCGCUCAGAGUGCAACAUCAUAAACAUAUAUCACCACAAAUAGAAAAUACAUGAUCAUGAAAAAACGUACUGAUGUCGAAGGAACUAGACAGUUCCGAAAUAUUACCUACUCGAACCGACUUGACCUCGUAGCUCAGUUGGUAGCAUUGCAUGGACUAGCAAACCAAAGGUCGCGGUUCGAUUCCCACCGCAUGCAGUCAAGCAAACGUUUGAGUUGCCCGGUAUGGACACACUUCGAGAGCAAGAUCACAAACACAUAUCUUCUUCAAUUCCUCCCUCUUUAGUCAUUAUCAAUCUAUUAAUUAUCAAUUAAGAUAUUUGAACCAUGUUUCAACCUGUUGUGAUGUACGUCUUAUAAUUCUGCUUCACAAGUUGUCAAGUACAAAAUAAAAAAGAUAAAGAUCGAUAGUGUCAAUACUGUAAAUUGCAUACCAUGCAGGAUAUGUACAAUAUACAGUACAUCUCGUUUGUUUGUUUAAUUAAAAUAACUAAAACUUAUUUUGUUCUUUUUAGCGGUUGACGUGAUGGUCAUUUCUAUUAUUGGUAUUGACAACGCCAAUAACAUGGUGUAUGGUGUUGGUAACAACAUGAUGAGUUACAUGAAGUAUGUGCCAAACAAGGGUAAAUGGUACUCUAUAUCACGUGACCAAUGGCAGCAAGCUCAGUCCACAUUGUCUGAUCAUGAAGUUGUUAAGAUUGAAGAGAGUGAUGCUGAUGAAGAUGUACCAGCUAGUAAUAAACAGAAGAUCAUCGCGAGUGGAGAGAAGUGGGGAGGUAAAAUAUUUUACCAUCUGAUAGUUCACAAUAUAAAUUAAAAGUUAUUCCGAAAAGUUAUAUUGUGCAUUAUACAGAAUCUGAUUGGUUAUACCGUUAUGUCGAUUCUAUUUGGGCAUAGUCUUGACUAUAUAUAGGCAGUUCACUAUAUAGAAAAAACGUAUUAAGGUUUAAAGAAUUCGCCCACGACGUCAGUCAAAAUUCAUAUAUGUACCCUCGCCUUAACAACCCAUUGACGCUCAGCACGUUCCUUCGACAAAUGAAAUCGUCUGGCGUUAGACAGAGUAAAGUAUCAAAGCAGGGAGCAUUAGGACGCAUUAUGACAUAAUUAAAACUCUUGUAUAUCACCAGACAAAAUUAUACUGAGCGUUAAUUUGGCAUCUUUAAUCUUCGUUUUUAAAGAGCGUAUUUCAGUAAUUAAAAGGUGUUGUCCAUAAAAAUGAUAUUCUAUAUACAAUAAUCAAAGGAAUUAUAUGCGAACCCCAAGUCAAUUAUAUAGUUCUUUUCUUGCGUGUUGAAAUUUCUGCUUCAAAUAAGAUUCAGUAAUUAUAUUUUAGUACUACAAUGUUAUCAAUGGCAACGACAAUCUAAUUUUUAUAUUUUCUUUCAGCAACCAAAAGUGGUGUCUUCCAUUAUUCGUCUCAAAAUCCCGGUUGGAAACGUAAAGCAUUGUGGAAUUCUUGCAACUAAAACAACAUUCAUUUCCCAACUUUAUUUCGUUGUUUAAUUUAUUUAAUAUUGUAGAUGUAUAAUUAUUAACAAUGCCAUAUAGGACGGUAUAUAUAUAGUCAUUGAGCAUUGUCUUUUAUUGUUUUCAUGUUUUAUAUAUUUCUAGUAUGCACGAUUUUAUCAACAGAAAGAGUAUAGGGAUUGCAUAUUAUUCAGGAAAAGUCAGUCUUUGAACGAUUUUGUAGCGAGCAUGUAUAAAUUGUAAUUUAAGUGUUUUUAAAAGGCAAAACGGAUUACUUUAUACUAGAUUGUAGAUUUCCAGACGUCGACCCUAUGUAUGUAUGCAUCGUUGGAGACUUGGAGCCAGAUAUAUUGACAAGUCAAUGUAUAUUAAUUUGCCAGUCGAUGCAGUAUAAAGUUAUUGUGUAAAGGCUGUUUUCCAUUACGCCCGCUUGCCGCGUGGGUGUUGCACGCGUACGUACGCCCGUUCUCCAAUAAUUUCCCACUGGCGGAAUGCGCGGGAAAAACAAAAGCAAUAUGGUGGCCCUUAAUCGGAGAAGACUUCUUAAGUUGAUUAUUUUAAGGCGAAUAUUAAGAAGAGGAAAGUACAAAAAGGGAUUCUGGAUGCGAGAAAUCUACAAAGAAAGGAAAUCUGAGUAAUCUCAUUGAUUUAUUCCAACCACGCGAGUUAACGAUUGCGCGAGUUCGCCUGCCGGAACGUUAAAAACAUUUUAACUUCAAUCGCGUAUCCGCAAGCACCAGAGCGGACGUAAACUCUUACGUGCAAGAAACCUACUGCGCAUGCCCAAACGAGAUCGCUUCGCCCGCGCGCGCGCAAAGCGGCCGUAACGGACAUCAGCCUUAAAGUUAUUGGAUGAGGUGUAAAGUUUGCUUCGUAUGUUGACAAUGUAAAUUAAUAAAGGUUGCUGUUUUAA